ACUUGAUGUAGAUCCAUGACAUCGCCAGUUACACUUGUUAGUAAUUUGGGGCCUUUUCCAUUUCAUUUCAGCUCUGAUCACAAAGCUGCACUCUCUCUUCUGGCUGCCCUUUCGCUCGUCGUGAUUUUCGCACUGGUUCAGAGGAGGUGCUCUCUGACGUCAAAAGUAGCCAUGGCACUUGGCCUGCUGGGCGUCUAUUGCUACCGGGCGGCCAUUGGAAAUGUCCUGUUCCCAUGGCAACAAGACAGCAAAGACAUUUCAAAGGGUGUUAUUGAAGCUCGUUUUGUUCAUGUCUUUGUCCUUGGCAUUCUGUUCACGGGCACCAAAGACUUGCUUAAAUCUCAAGUCAUUGCUGCAGACUUCACAAUCAAGACUGUGGGUUUAUGGGAGAUAUAUAGUGGAUUAGUUCUUCUGGCCGCUUUGCUUUUUAGACCACAUAAUCUGCCAGUCUUAGUGUUUAGCCUCUUCAUUCAGACUAUAAUGACUAAAUUCAUCUGGAAGCCUCUGAGGCAUGAUGCACCUGAGAUCACUAUAAUGCAUUAUUGGUUCGGUCAAGCAUUCUUCUAUUUCCAGGGAAACUCCAACAACAUAGCCACGGUGGAUGUCUCAGCGGGCUUCGUGGGCCUGGACACCUACAUGGAGGUCCCAGCUAUGUUCCUGACAGCGUUUGCCACGUUCGCGGGGCCUGUGCUGUGGGCCAGCCACUUAGUGAGCUUCCUGAGCUCAGAAACCAGCAGCGGUUCUGCACUGGGUCAUGCUUGCUUCUGCUAUGCACUGAUCUGCUCUUUUCCAGUCUCUGCGUAUAUCAUUUUGGUGACAGCCCUGCGUUACCAUUUAUUUAUAUGGAGUGUGUUUUCUCCAAAACUUCUUUAUGAGGGGAUGCAUAUCCUCAUCACAGCCGCCAUCUGUGCAUUCUUCACAGCCAUGGAUCAAACCAACACGAAGUCUUAGACACUGGAGAAACAAUGUAUUUUUAAAGUCUACGAUUCACUUCAUGCAUUUGGGUAAUGAAAAAAAAGUCUGUCUAAAUGCAAGGACAUUCUAAAGAAAAUUGUGAAUUCUACAAAGUUGAAUAGUUGCAGUUUCUUGCACUGCUGUACUUGAAUUUAGAGUACAUAGUAGUUUAAAAGGUCACUUUAAAAUAUUUAGUUUGAAUAUGAAUCAUAUUCCCCUGUUGACAAUCACUCCAUAAAGUUCUGAACUUUUAAUUUCCUCUGGAUAAUAAUUCACUCAAAUAUCUGUGUUUAAAUUGAUGAAUAAAAAGGUUUCAGGCUUA